UGUGGGGUUGAUUACAUUUAAAUUUAAUUGUAAUUUGGCCCCAUUUCUAAUCUCAUCACUGUAUUUUUUUGAAAAAAAAAAAUUGGUCACAGCUGUACCACCAACAAAAAAAAAGGAAGGUGCUUUACUUGGGAAGUUUUGUUAUAGAGAAGAGACUUUGGCUAAAGAAGACAAUUUUUUUUUUCUCUCUGCAAAAUCCCAUCUGGGUAGUGUUCCAAAACCACAACAUUCGCUAAAGACACUACCUUUUCUCGUAAAAGAGCAAAAUACCCAUUCAUACAGUGCUCAGAGAAAUGCCCUUACACCCUCUUCAUCAUCAUCAUCCUUAUUCCAUACUGUUGUUGAGCUUUGUGUUUUAUCUGUGUGGACUCUUAACUUAAGCUUCAUCUUUACUCAGAAGAGCAAAGCAAGCUUCUUGAAAAGUAUAAACAGUGAGUGAUUUAGUUUAAAGGGUCUCUUUCUGAUUGACCAAAGAAAGUGGGUUUUGAUUGGUGGUGGGAUUUUGAGACAUGGCUUUCUCCCCACUCUUCUGCUGUGGAAAGGGUUUAGAUCGUAAUGAACGAAAGAAGAAGCAACCAACAUGGAGAGUCUUUUCCUUAAAGGAACUACAUGCUGCUACAAACAAUUUCAAUUAUGACAACAAAUUGGGAGAAGGUGGAUUUGGCAGUGUUUACUGGGGUCAGCUUUGGGAUGGAUCACAAAUUGCAGUGAAAAGGUUGAAAGUGUGGAGUAACAAAGCAGACAUGGAAUUUGCUGUUGAGGUUGAGAUCCUGGCACGAGUUCGGCACAAGAAUUUGCUGAGUUUAAGAGGAUAUUGUGCAGAAGGACAAGAGCGUUUAAUUAUAUAUGACUACAUGCCCAAUUUGAGCUUACUUUCUCAUCUUCAUGGACAACACUCAGCUGAAUGCCUACUUGAUUGGAACCGAAGGAUAAAUAUCGCAAUUGGGUCUGCAGAGGGAAUUGCCUAUCUUCACCACCACUCUACUCCACAUAUAAUACACCGAGAUGUCAAAGCUAGUAAUGUUCUGCUAGACUCGAACUUCGUUGCCCAAGUUGCUGAUUUUGGAUUCGCAAAGCUAAUCCCAGAUGGUGCAACUCAUGUCACCACAAGAGUUAAGGGUACCCUUGGCUACCUUGCACCAGAAUAUGCUAUGUUAGGAAAGGCAUCAGAGAGUUGUGAUGUAUACAGCUUUGGCAUUCUUCUUUUAGAGCUUGCUAGUGGCAAGAAGCCCAUUGAGAAAGUGAAUGUAACACAAAAGAGAACGAUUGUUGAUUGGGCGCUGCCAAUCGCUUGCGAGGGGAAAUUCACCGAGUUAGUGGAUCCAAAGCUGAAUGGAAAGUACGUGGAAGAUGAGCUGAAAAGGGUCAUCUUAGUUGCACUACUUUGCGCACAUACUCAGCCCGAGAGAAGACCUACUAUGCUUGAGGUGUUGGAGUUACUAAAGGGAGAAUCGAAAGAGAAAAUAGCUAAACUAGAAAAUGAUGAACUUUUCAAGAACCCCAUUCCUGCAGAUAAAAAAGAAAGCUCCACUGGAACUGCGGAAGAGACCUCGGAUGCAAUUGUGGAGGAAAAGAGGGUUAAAGAUGAAUUGAAAGUGGAAACUGAGCCUGCAAUUGUUGAACAAAUUUGAUGAAAAACAUUUAGGUGCAUAAUUUGGAUAUUUGAUGUUUUGCUUUUUUGGCUUUUUUUCAAUGGGGUUAGGUGGCAAGGCUUUACUGGGAUUUUACAUGGUAGUUGCUCUUGCUUUUGGGAAGCAUUUUUAGUGGAAAAAAAAAAUGAGUGCUGUGAAUUUGUGUUUGUGUGCUUGUUCUUUCAUUUUUCUUAUUUGUUCCAUCUUGAAUAUAUAUAUGAAUGAAAUGAAUUGAACUGUAUUAUUAUUUCC